AUGGCCUCCGCCGCCGCAUCCGCCGUCUCCUUCGCCAGGCCCGUCAAGGCAAUCAAUGCCAACUCGGUCUCCUUCUCUGCUCCAAGGAAAGGCAAUGUAUCCUUCCGUCUUCAGCCAGUUCCCCAGAGAUUUUCUGUUUCCUGUGCUGCCAAAAAGGAGACAGUAGAAAAGGUUUGUGAUAUUGUGAAGAGCCAGCUUGCGCUUGCUGACGACACUGUAGUUUCUGGCUCCUCUACGUUUGCUGAUCUUGGUGCCGAUUCCUUGGACACGGUUGAGAUUGUCAUGGGCCUCGAGGAGGCUUUCGGGAUCAGCGUGGAGGAGUCGAGUGCGCAGACCAUCGCAACGGUGGAAGACGCCGCCAACCUCAUCGACAGCCUUGUUGCAAACUAA